GGACGUGCUUGGGAACAUGCUGAAACGGUGCCCUCCACUUCUUCUUCCAGAUACCUGCUCUUUCAGCUCUCCGAAGACAUCACCGAAGAUGAGCUGAAGUCUUUAAAGUUUCUUUUGGGGAAAGAAUUACCAAAAUGCAAGCUAAACCCUAAGGCUACGAUGCUCGACGUUUUCAUUGAGAUGGAGAGGAAGGGGAUUUUGGGAGAAGGCAACCUGAAUGUCCUGAAGAAUCUCUGUGCAGAAAUUAACACCAGCCUGUGGAAGAGAAUUGAAGAGUAUGAAUUCAACCUGUUUGGUGAAGAAGAGAUGCUCAUCGCAGAGGAACAGAGGGGCAGCACAGGGGGCCCUUCAGCCCACGCCGCGCGGCUGGCGUCCUCCGUGGCACCCGAUGCGCCUGGUGGUUGGAAUGCGUCUUCCCAGCUUGAAGCUUACAAAAUGACUAGCCAACCCCGCGGAGUGUGCGUGAUCCUGAACAAUCACAGCUUUGCGAAAGCCAGGGAAGCAGUGCCGGAACUCAAAAACUUGAAGGAUCGGAAUGGAACAGACAUGGAUGCAGCGGCUCUAAGCAAUGUCUUUAAAAAGCUUCAUUUUAAAAUAGAAGAACACAGAGACCUCACUGCGGAGGGAAUCCGUAAGAUGGUGAACUCCUACCAGUGCACAGACCACACGGACAAGGAUUGUUUUGUUUGCUGUGUCCUGUCUCAUGGGAAAAAAGGCAUUAUAUAUGGUGUUGAUGGGCAGGAAGUGCCGAUCCGGGAACUGACCACUUCUUUCACUGGACAGAAUUGCCGCUCACUUGCUGGAAAACCCAAAGUCUUUUUUGUUCAGGCCUGCCAAGGUGAUGCUUCUCAGAAAGGUGUGACCAUCGAAACAGAUUCUGCAGAGCAAGAUUCUUGUGUAGAAACAGAUGCAAGACUUCAGCUCAGCUGCAUCCCCGCAGAGGCAGACUUCCUCUUGGGCAUGGCUACCCUGCAAGAUUACGUUUCCUACCGAAGCCCAAGGGAGGGGACCUGGUACAUACAGGCAUUGUGCCAGCACUUGGAGUACAGCUGUCCUCGAGGAGAAGAUAUUCUCACCAUCCUGACAGCAGUGAAUCAAGAGGUGAGCAGAAAGAGUUGCAAGCCAAAUGCAGAGAAGCAGAUGCCACAGCCCAGUUUCACACUGCGGAAAAAGCUCAUCUUUCCUGUCCACUAAAUGGGAGGGAGCUGCAUGGUUGAGGGAGCUGCAGCAGCCUGGAA